AGCAUAAAGGGGAAUAUUGUAUUUUACUUUAAUUUCAUUCAUGAACAGCACAUUUUCACAGAAUGUGUGUUUGGUCAUGAGUUUCAUGCACUUUCUUGUAGUAAAUCAUUUAAAAGCAAAAUCAGAUGGGGGCCACUGGGACAAGGUAAUUUGGGGUCCUUGGUUUAACUUGAGUUACACAAUACGGCACUUUAAAUCUUAAUCAGACCAUUUCACCAUGAAUAUCUCAGCUGUACUGAAGUGGAGGCAGAAAUGUCAGAGGCAGAUACGCGCAGUACCUCGUUUUCUCAGAACUGAACCUUUAAUUCCUGCCGUUUCCUGUGAGACAGAACUGAGGGCACAAAAGUCGUCACCACAGUGAUGGGAUGGAUGACAUUGCGGAAGGGCUAUUCCUGUAUCCUGACCCCUCCCCUUCACAACAACACACCGGGAGUCAGGAAAAGCUUCUUCAUCAACAACACGGGAGUCAACAGGCGGACCAGGAACCGCCCGAGGAGCCGAUCCCCGCCGCAGUGAUGGCCCAGGCGAAUAUCUCGGUGACGGAGAGCCAGUUCAGGUGUCCCGUGUGCCUGGACAUCUUGAAGGACCCGGUGUCCACCCCCUGCGGACACACCUACUGCAUGGCAUGUAUCAACAACUACUGGGACCAGGCGGAAUCGGGCCACUUCAGCUGCCCCCAGUGCCGGGAGUCGUUCAGCCCGCGGCCGGUGCUGAGGAGGAACACGGUGCUCGCCGAGGUCGUCGACAAGCUCAAGCUGAGCGAAAUGGUCUCUGCGCCGGAGCUUUACCUCGGGGGAGUCGGCGACGUGCCGUGCGACUUCUGCCCGGCGGAGAGCAAGCUGAGGGCGGUCAAGUCGUGCCUGGUUUGCCUGGCGUCCUUCUGCGAGCUCCACGUCCUGCCGCACCGGGAGGUCGGCACGCUGCGCCGGCACAAGCUGGUGGCCGCGGUGGAGAGUCUGGCGGAGCGGCUGUGCGCGCAGCAUCGUCUGGGUCUGGAGCCCGCGGGAGCCGGCUCAGAGCCGCAGGCCGCGGCAGAGUGGAGCGGGGACUGCCUGCUGUGCGAGGCGGACCAGGAGGAAGUGCAUAACGUGGACGCCCAGAGACCCAGGAAGCAGCUGCAGCUUCAGGAGUCUCAGAGGAUAAUUCAGGAGAGGACGCAGAGAGGAGAGAGAGAGCUGGAGGAGUUUCAGCAGAGCUUAGAGUCCCUCAAGGUGUCAGCGUCGGCUGUUUUGGAGGACAGUGAAGCUCUGUUUGCAGACAUGGCACUGCGCCUGGAGAAAACCAAGGCGGAGGUUCGAGCGAGGCUGGAGGCGAAGGAGCGGGCGGUGGUCGGGAGGGCCGAGCGGGACAUCGAGAUGCUGGAGAAAGACCUGGAGGAGCUGAGGAGGCGAGAUGACGAGAUCAGCCAGCUUCUACACACAGAGGACAACGCCCACUUCUUACAGGCGGCUCCUCUGCUAUGCGUCCCUCUCGCCACCGGUCGGCACUCCAGAGCCCUCAGCCUGCCCACAGAGGCCUUCAGCGGCGCCAGGAGAGCGCUGUGUCACCUCCGCAGCCGCAUGGAGGAGGUCUGCAGGGAGGAGGUGGACAAGAUCUGCCGCACAGUUAAUGAGAACUACGUGUCUGGUGGAGAGUGUGUGAAAGGUGGCAGAAAUGUGAGUGCAGAGAACUCCAAACCGCAGCAAAUGACACAAUCUGCAGGCCAUCACGGGGCAGUGCCGGUGUCCUUCCCUCUGUCCUCUUUGUCUCUGCAGCCAGCUGACCAGAGGAUGCGGGCCGUGUUUCUCAGGUUUUCAUGCCGUCUGUCUUUGGACCCUGAUACAGCCCAUCCCACUCUGGUUCUCCUGGAGGGGCCCCAGGGUGCCCACUGUGGCGAGGAGCCCCAGUCCUACCCCCCUCACCCUCAGCGCUUUGAUUCAGUGGCCCAAGUCCUGUGCAGGGAGGGCCAGUUUGGUGGUGCCAGCUACUGGGAGGUGGAGUGGAGGGGUGGGGGAUGGGUUGACAUUGGUGUCACCUACCGUGGUAUCGGGCGCAAAGGCGGCGGAAAACCAUGUCUGCUGGGGCGCAACGAGAACUCUUGGCGGCUGAGGUGUACUCACGCCGGAUACGCCGCCUGGCAUGACAACCGCAAGACCACGGUGGCUGCACCGCCCUGCCCCAGAAUCGGCGUGUUCCUGGAACGCCAGAAAGGAGCGCUGUCCUUCUACAGCGUGUCGGACACAGUGGUGCUCCUGCACACCUUCCGCUGCCCGUUCUCUCAGCCGCUGUACCCGGCCUUCCGCCUGGACCUGGACUCCACCCUGCUCAUCUGCCCCCCUGAGGGAGGCAAUGGAAACCAAACCUAACCUCGCCGCCUCCUCGUUCAGGACCCUGAAUACUUGAGGAAAGGGCUGUUAACUCUAUGAACAUAAACACUAAAGAAUGAAUCAGGAUGGCAUUACAGUCAGGAAACAAACACUCUUCUUCUUCCAUACGAGUCUUUUUGCAUAGUUUCUCCUUCUGUGAGUGUCUUUUUUCUAUUUAUUGUUGUCCAAAAUGUUCUCUUUGAUUGUAAAUACCCAAUUGGAUCAUAGUCAGGCUGAGUGUAAAGCAAAAAUGCAUUUUUCACAGGGCACAUUGUGACUCGUCAUAGUAGGAAAAGCAUCAGUGUUGCUCGUGUUGAGGUUUAUCAGCACGAACAACACCAGGACACCGAAACUGAAGCAGCUAAGUCAUUCAUCUUCAGAUGUUUUCUUUGGAUUUAUGUAUUGCAUCUUGUGGUUUGUUUGUUGGCAGACUGUGUUUGUGUGUUUGUAUGUUUGUUGUAUUUUUAUUGUGGGAUAUUUCCUGAAGGGGUUAUUAAGGGGAGGUUUGUGUUUAUGGUUGGCUGAUGCUGAUGUGUUGUGCUAUUAGAGGACGGUGGGUUAACAUGUUAAGACCAGACCUGAAAACAAAAUAUUCAUUCAUGUGCUUUUCCUGCUGUGACAAAAUGUCCACUGUGAAAAAGGUCUGUUCAGCACAGAUUUUCUAAGCAAAGAAGGACGGUGAUGAAUGGAAACGUGAAAACUGGUGUCCGCUGGCAAGAUCUUUUUUUAAAUUUGCUAAUCAACAGGAACGGUAUGUGUGGGACAUUACCUUUUAGUCUGAAUCAACUAUAUGAACACGCUAAAAAGUAUUCACCCAAACUUGUGUUUGACAUUGCUUACUUUGUAUAAAAUGCUGUUUGUAAGUACAGUUAUGGGGACUUUUUAUACAUUGUCAGAGGGUGGAUAUUUUUAUUUAACUCCCAACAACGACUGGCUGAAUAUUUAGUACCUGUGACUACUUGAAUACCCACAGCAAGAGAUUUGUCUGUAUCAACCUCACUGCCAUGUGUCAUGGGAAACCUCACUCAGUUUUCCAAAAUGAAAACCUGCAAAAGUGACCUCAGCUUCAGUUUUAGACGAAUUAAGGCCAUAUUGUAGCAUAUGUUUCUUCCUUUGGGUCAUCUUUGUCAUGUUUUUCGAGGUAAUUUUCUUUGAUUUGGCUGAGUAUAUCACAUUGCAGGUCUGUCUUUAGAUUAGUGUACAAUUAAUAUCAUUAGCUAAAGUUAACCACCUGCUGGUUGUUACAAGAAUCGUCCUCUAAUCCAACUCUUAGCAAGAAGGCAGAGCAUAAAUCCCAAAUUUCAAACUGUUCAUUUCCACAUUAAAACUAAAAACUUGUGGAUCUUUGCUAUAUAUUUUGCUGUGUUGCGUACUAAAACGUGACUAAAUGUAGCAAAACAUUAGCUCAUCUGUCAGCAUUUCUGACUCACAUCAAAUUGUUUUUCAUUUGCAAUAGUGUUUGUUUAACCACAAGGACCACAACUCCCAUGAUGCCUUGCCACUUUAAAUUAAACUUCUGUUGUUAAUGUUUUGACUGGUAGAUCCAUGGCUGCAGAGGUUGCAUACUGGGCCUUUAAGGCAGCAGGACUUCUUUCUCAAUUUCAAAUUUCUGUUAAUGUGAUUGUUUUUCCACAUCACGUGUCAGUGUACAACUAAUAAUCAGUAAUAACAGAUGAUUACAUAUUUUAAAGUUGUGUUUUCAGAGGUGCAUGCACACGCUGUAAUGCUUUUUUUUUGUCUCCACUGUGCUAAUGCUGUACCAGACAAGCCAUCACAGCCUGAGAUGCAGACACAUGUGCUUUGCAUGCUUCCAAAUCUGAUCCUAUUAUUAUUAUCUCAUAUCCAAUCAUAUUUAAUCAAGUUCAGUCUUCUUAUUAACUGGUACCCAUUCGAUCAAGGUUCCAUUUGAAAAAACUGUGAUUUGCCUCAACUUCAAACUCUUCACAUGGGUAGGAGAGCAUCAGAUGGGUGUCAGAUAAAGGGAAACAUGUCAGAACAAGAACUUGAAAGGUUUAACUAAGUCGCCCACUGUUAUCCCUGACUCCUGUUUCCUUCCUUCUGUCUGAGAGGAUGUCAUACUGCAGCCACAGUUUUUCCCAGAUUAUGACACAGUUUGUCGAUGCCUCAUUGAAGUUUUGUUUUUGAAUGGUGCUAUUUCAUUGGUUUGCGAUCACUUGACCGAGCACUGUGUGAGGCCUUUAAGCCAAACUAUUUUUGGACCGGAAAUGUCACACCAAAAUGAUCAGCUAUUUUAAUUUCCAGAGACAAUAACACCACACAAGUACAUAUUAAAUUUGUAUGUGAAAUAUUCUUCAAGGGCAUGUUCAAAAGUAGCCUUAAAAAGUCAGAGUUUCUUUAAAACAGUAGGAACAGAAAUGUAUUGCACAUAUUACUAACAGAAAUCCCGAAACGUAUUAUAAACAUGCUGCAAAAUACCUUUUAACUCCACACAAGUUAUUUCUGAAUUUGCCAACCUGGACUUAUCAAUCCAAAGUAAGAAACACUUUUUUGCCAUGAAGUGCAUUAUUCCACUCCUGUAGGACACCGAACUGAAAAUUUUAUCUUGUAGCAUUUAUCCACCUGUUCACUCACUGUACUUUAAUUAAUGUUUAUUAAUGUGACUGUAAAAUAUGUUGUACAUGUCUGAGUGUUGCUUUAUGAUGAGUUCUGUUCAUUUCACCUUGGCUCACAAUAAACUAACCCAUGGAGGUCUGAAUUAGCAA